UAAUACGCCCCAGUUGACAAAACGCCCCACUUCAAUAAUAUGCACAUUAAGACAGCUACGAAACGCACACAACGCACACUAGUAGACAAUAGUCGUCGGACAACAUGGCUGGCGUCCACACGUGAUUCUCGAACAUCACAAGAGAAAAAAUUCAAAUCGAAGGUUUUGUGCAUUAAAACAAUUUGUGGUGAGUUUCAGCAUUUUUCUCAUACAUUAGUUGUUUUGUAUUUCUUAUUGGAUUGACAGGUAUCAUAGUAAAACACGAUAAAUUUACUUUGUUUUCUUAUUGUACCUACAAUUAUAACCUUGAACGUGUCGUCUUGACGUUGGUGGGGCGUUUUAAAAAUCGAAAUUUACAAUAUGCCCCACGUGUUGUUUUAUAAUACGCCCCAGCAUUUCAACUAAACCAAAAUUACAUAGUUUAGAAAUUUAUUACAGAUAAUGCCUCGAAAAUACCAAAGAAGUACUCUGAGAGCGUCAUGGGCGUCGGAAGACCUGGAAAAGGCUAUGGAGAAAGUUCGAAAUAAAGUAAUGGGUGUCAAUGAAGCUUCCAGAACUUUCAAAAUCCCAUCUCGGACACUCAGAAGGCAUCUUCUAUCUGGAAAAUUAAAGGUUCCCCUUGGUCGCAACCCAGUAUUUUCCAUCGAGCAUGAAAAAAAGAUAGUUGCUCAUAUAAAAAAAUUAGAACAAGUUGGAUUUGCCCCAGAGAGAAAAGAUGUUAAAGAGAUGGCAUUUCAAAUAGCAAAGAAACUUGAAAUAAAAAAUCCAUUUUUAGAAAGUUCGGCAUCUGCGGGCAACACCUGGUUUAUGGGAUUUAUGAAACGUAACCCUGAAUUAAGUACGAGACAGUCAGAAGGAUUAUCGCUUGCUCGGGCUUAUGGAGUUAAUCGAGAGGACGUCAAAUACUUUUUCGAUUUACUAACCAAACUCUAUGAAAAAAAUGAUUUUGCCAACCACCCUGAAGACAUAUAUAAUAUGGACGAGUCUGGCAUCCAAGUGAACAAUAAAGCUGGCAAAGUGGUAGCCACAAAAGGAGCCAGAGACGUUUUCACGCUCACUAGCUGUGAAAAAGGGGAAAAUGUCACAGUUAUUGCUUGCUGCAAUGCCCAAGGAAACUUUAUUCCUCCAGUACUGAUUUAUCGUAGUACAAAAUUAAUGCCAGUAAGAAAACUGUGAUUUUGAAAGAAGC